GCAUGCUCGGGGGCGGGAGGGGCAGGGCGGGCCCGGGGUCCGGAAGCUCCGGCGACUCCCUGGGGCCGCCCCUCUGGGGUCGCGGGCACCUGCCGGCGAUGGGUUCGCCUGCAGAACCCGGGAGAGUCACGUGGGUUCUGGCCGGGGCCAUCCUGGCUACCGCCCUGGCGCUGCCCGCUGGGCCUGGGGGCCGAGGUUGGCCCCCUGCGGGCCCGCGUCCCCUCCUGGGCUCCCUCGGCGCGCAGCCUCUCGGGGAUCCUCCCGGGGCGGGGCCCCAGCGCCCGGCACAGGACUUGCCCCGAAGGAUCUGGCCCAAUGUGGAAAGCUCUCACUUUAAGACUGCAGGGCCCAAGAAGACCUUGUUUAAAAGAGAAUCUCCUCUAACACACCACCUGUAUGGAGACAUUUUAAGGGACGUACAAAGAACUUCUGAGACUGGAGUAAUUUUUCAGAAAUGUGCAGUGGUCUCCGGGCAGAGCGACUGGCAGACGGCCCAGGUGCGACUGCUUGUGAACAACCCCAGGACUCCCGGGGCAGCCAACCUAUCAGACCUGCUCCUUCUUGACAAUGUCACGGGCCUCAUCAUCAGGGAGUCGGCCGGAGGCGAGACCUCCGGGGGAUUCCAGGCUUUCCGAAAGGACUUUCUGCCAGCUGGAGACUCCUUCUCAGUCAGCUACACAGCCUCGCUCAAGGCCAGAGCCGUCGGGAGUGGAGAGGUCCUGAUGCUUCCUGCACUGCUCACCUUCCAGACUUCAUCAGCGAACAGAACACAGCUGAAAGCUCUCUUCACCAUAACAACAGAAGAAAAUAUACAGGUUCUGCCAGACCAUGGUCUUCAUGCUGCAGGGUUCUUCACGGCCUUCAUCGGCUCCCUUGGGCUCACCUGGGUCUCACUUUUCUUCCUUGUUCGGUACGAGUGUUUGAAGGGAAACGUGCUCGCCGGACGUCAGGUUCGGCAUCACGAGAGCAAGCUGGAGCACCCUCAGUUCACCUCGGCCGAUGGCGUGAACGAGGAUCUUGCUCUGAAUGACCAGAUGAUUGACAUUCUCUCUUCAGAGGACCCCGGGAGCAUGCUUCAGGCGUUAGAAGAGCUGGAGGUGGCGACCCUGAGCCGUGCAGACUCAGACCUGGAGGCCUGUCGGACCCAGAUCAGCAAAGACGUCAUUGCCCUUCUGCUGAGGAAUCUGACCAGCUGUGGCCACCUCUCCCCCGAGGCAGAGCGGAGGAUGGGCGCUGCCUUCAAAAAGCAGUUCCUGUUGCUGGAGAAGGAGAUACGGGAGGAAUACGACCGGAAGAUGGUGGCACUGACGGCCGAAUGCGACCUAGAAGCCAGGAAGAAGACAGAAAACCAGUACCAGCGGGAGAUGGCGGCAGUGGAGGAAGCGGAAGAGUUCCUGAAGCGCGUUGGUGAGAGGCUGGCUGUUGAGUGCAGUGGCCUCCUGCGGACCCUCCACAGCCUAGAGCAGGAGCACCUGAGGGGCUCGCUCAGCCUGCAGCAGGAGGAGGGCUUUGCCAAGGCCCGCAGGCAGCUGGCCAUUUUCCAGAGAAGCGAGCUGCACAGUAUCUUUUUUACCCAGAUAAAAAGUGCUAUUUUCAAAGGGGAACUGAAGCCAGAGGCGGCUAAAGUGCUACUGCAAGAUUACUCUAAAAUACAGGAGAAUGUAGAAGAGUUAAUGGACUUUUUCCAGGCUAAUAAGAGAUACCACCUAAGUAAAAGAUUUGGCCACAGGGAGUACCUGGUCCAGAAUAUACAGUCAUCAGAAACCCGUGUGCAAGGCCUUCUGAGCACGGCUGCUGCCCAGCUGACCCUCCUCAUCCAGAAACAUGAGAGAGCCGGAUACCUGGAGGAAGAUCAGAUGGAAGUGCUACUGGAGCGGGCUCAGACAGAAGUUUUUUCCAUAAAACAGAAGCUGGACAAUGACUUAAAGCAUGAAAAGAGAAAACUCCACCAAAAAUUAAUUAUUAAGAGAAGACGAGAGUUGCUGCAAAAGCACAGGGAGCAGCGCAAGGAGCAGCUGUCCCUCGGGGAAGCCCUCCGAGCUGCUGAGGAUGUGGGCCAGUACCUGGGCCAGUGGAAGAGCCUGAUGCUGGACCACAGUGCCGCCCUGGAGGAGCUGCAGGAGCGCCUGGACCAGGCCACCCAGGACGACUUCAGGGCCCUGACCCUGCUGCUGUCCGAGAGGGCCACCGAGGAGCUGCGGCGCCUCCAGAACUCGGGGAUGACGCAGGAGCUGCUCAAGCGCAGCGUGCCCUGGCUCUUCUUGCAGCAGAUCCUGGAGGAGCACGGCAAGGAGAUGGCUGCCCGGGCCGAGCAGCUCGAGGGCGAGGAGCGGGACCGGGACCAGGAGGGCGUCCAGAGCGUGAGGCGGAGGCUGAAGGACGGCGUUCUGGAGGCCUCCACGGAGGAGCAGGCGGAGCUGAGACGCUGGGAGCACCUGAUCUUUACGAAGCUCUGCUCCUCAGCCUUCUCCCUGUCUGAAGAGGAGCUGCUCCACAUGAGGCAGGACGUUCAGGGCUGCUUUGCUCAGAUGGACAGGAGCCUGGCCCUCCCCAAGAUCCGGGCCCGCGUCCUGCUGCAGCGAUUUCAGACUGCUUGGCGAGAAGCAGAGUUCCUGAGACUGGACCAGGCCCUGACUGCCCCUGAGCUGCAGCAGCAGUCCAAGGCGAAAAAGCCACGCUCCAGGAAUAAAAGCAAGAUAGACCUUUUGAAGAAGUGCAUUGAAGAUAAGAUCCAGCUCUUUGAGGAACAGGCCCCCGAAGACCUGGUUGAAAAGGUUCGAGCAGAAUUGCUACGGGAGAGACGGCAGCAGCUGGAGGCCCAGGAGGGACGCUUUGCGGAGGCCCUUGUCUCCCUACAGUUCCAGAAAGCAACCAGGACGGUCAAGACCCUGUGGGCGUACACCGCCCUCCUGAGUGUCCAGGACCUGCUCCUGCAGGAGCUGGGCGAGUCGGAGACCCUGACAAAGUCGGCCUGCGCACGGAUCCUAGAGUCCCACAGCCCGGAGCUCCAGGAGCUGGAGAGAAAGCUGGAGGAGGAGCUGGCACACCAGGAGGCAGCCCAGCUGCAGCGGGCUCUGGCAGGUUGGCAGCCGGGGGCAGGCGAUGGGCCCGGGCUUCUGGACGAGCCAGAGGAGACGGAUUCUGAAAGGCAGGUCUCUGCCGUCCUGCAGCGAGCCCUGAGCAAGCGCCAGAAGCUGCUGGAGCACCGCCAGCAGAGUUUGAGAGAGGAGCAAGAGGCCAGUGCUGUGCUUGAAGACCUGCUGGAGAAAAUGGAGAAUGACACCUUUGUGACCCUGUAUAGCCAGGAGCUGAGACUGGCGUCCUACCUGGCCCGGCUGACCAUGGUGCCCGGGGGCACGCUGCGCCGGCUCCUGAGCGUGGCUCUGCCUGCGGCCUCGCUGCCCGAGCUCCUGGCCGUGCUGGACUCCCUCAGCCAGAAGCAUCCAGACCAUGCGGUGGAGAGUGACAGUGGCGGGGAGCAGGCUGACCUGGGCAGGAGGGGGAAGCACUGGAGCUGGUGGCAAGCCUUAGAAAGCAGACUGCGUACAGAACUGAUAAGCAGAGGAUUGGAAAAGGUGCUCUGGGCUCGCCAGAGGAAGGAGAGCAUAUUAAAGAAGACAUGCCCCUCUCUCAGAGAGAGGCUGACGUUCUCUGGAAAAGGAAGUUGGCCGCACCUGUCCCUGGAGUCCAUCGGCGAGCUGGCCGCUGUGCCAGUUGUAGGGGCAGAAGCCAUGGAUGUAUUAAACACAGGCGAGAAGCUCUUUAUAUUCAGAAAUCCAAAGGAGCCGGAGAUCUCAUUGCAUAUUCCUUCCAGGAAAAAGAAGAAGAACUUUCUGAAUGCCAAAAAGGCCACUUGGGCCUUGGGCAUGGACUAACCCAAAGGAAAGCUCUAGGGAGUCUGAAGGCUAUGGCGCAUGCAUGCGUGCGUGCGUGUGCACGUGUGUGUGUGCGUGUGUUUAUAAAGCUCACAGACAUGAACUGCACCUGCAGAAGAUGCAGACAUCCCCGACACCCAUGCCUGUGACUUUCAGGGGCUCAGUUUAGUCUGGUCACAUGAAUUCCCCGAUGGCCCUCUCUCCAGCGUCACCGUCAUGAGGGUACACAGGUCCAGCCCCUGAGCACCUGUUGCUCUCAGUCCCACCUCCCCACUGUCUGGAGGAGACCCCAGCCCCCAGCUCACAUCCCUGCCACGCCUGGCUGCAUUGUGGCCUGUGUGUCCAGAGCAGGGCUCUCUGUUCUUAUUUUUUGUCUUUGUUACAUAUUCUAUUUUUAUCAAGGGAACUUCUGAAAAUAAAUGCAUUUUCCACAA